AUGGCAGAGCAUCCCAACACAACCAUGGCGAAAGAAUGUAAGGUGAAAUUGAAGAGUCAGGAUGACAAGAUAUUCGAGGUAGAGUAUGCCGUAGCCAUGCAGUCGCAGACGUUAAAGAACGCUCUCGCUCACACGGGCUGCACGGAUACCGCCCUGCCUUUGCACGACAUUUCCAGUCAAAUUUUGGCGAAGGUGAUCGAGUACUGCGAAUAUCAUGUUAAUGCCGCCAACACCAUCUCAGAGAAGGAUGUGAAGAUGUGGGAUGAGGAGUUGGUGAAGCACAUGGAUCAGGAUACCCUUUUUCGUCUCAUUGUGGCUGCAAAGUACCUGGAAAUACACAAUCUUAUCGACUUAAUGUGCAAAACUAUAGCAGACAGGAUUAAGGACAAAAGCGUAGAAGAGCUCAGAGAGAUUUUUCACGUACAAAAUGACUUCACUCCUGAAGAGGAGGAACAAGUCAGGCGUGAAACUAAAUGGGCGCAUGGGUUUUGUUUUAUUGCUGGUGUUCUGGAUUUAGUUGUUUUAGAUCAUAAGCUGGCAAUAUUUUAG